AUACUUUUUCUCUCUCCUCACUCAUCAUCACUUUCCCCCCUUUCUUUCACUCUCUUUCUCUCUCUCUCUCUUAAAUUCACAACAAUGGCGAAAAAAACCCUCGUUUUUGGGAUUUUUCGAUCUUCAUAACAAAUUUUUCACACUCAAAAACUCAAAUUCAAGCUUCAAUAAUCUUCAGCUCAAGAAUUCGUUCAACAAAUUUCUUUUUUUUUUUUUCGAUUUUUGAUUUUUGUGAGUGGAUGGAAUGAUAACGGAUAGUUAUACGGAGAUGACGUCAGAAGUAGGUGUACGAUCGAUCGAUUAUGGCGAAGAAUUAGUCGGAAAAGAAUUAGGGUUAUUGUUAAGAGAGAGAGAAAGAGAGAGAGAAAGAAGUGGUGGUUUCGACAUUUUUAGAAGUCCGUCGGCGCCGCCGACUAUCGACGGUUCACUCUCCGGCGUCGGAAAUAUAUUUUCCGGCGACGGCGGAAGUAACAGGGAAGUGUCGGAAGAAGAACUUAGGUCUGAUCCAGCUUACAUAAAUUACUAUUAUUCAAAUGUCAAUAUGAACCCUAGGUUACCGCCGCCAUUGUUGUCUAAAGAAGAUUGGAGGUAUGCUCAGAGAUGGGCCGGUGGUGGUGGGCCUGGAAAUGGGCCUGGGCUUGGUGGUAUUGGUGAUAGAAGGAAGUUGGGUAAUAAUGAGUUUAAUGGAAAUAAUACUAAUAAUAAUAAUGGUAAUGGUAGUAAUUAUAAUAAUAAUGGUGAGGUUAAUAAUAAUAAUAAUGGGAUGAUUAGUAAUGGUAAUAAUAAUGGGGGAAGUUCAUUGUUUUCAAAAGGGUUUAAUGGGCAGAUUGAGGAUGAUAAUGGACAGAGUGAAUGGAGUGGUGUUGGGUUGCCUGGAUUAGGGUUAGGAAGUAGGCAGAAGAGUAUUGCUGAAAUUAUUCAGGAUGACUUGAACAGUUCCACCUCUAACACAAGAAUCCCCUCUCGUCCAGCGAGCCGUAAUGCAUUUGAUGAGAGCAUUGCAACUUCAGAGGCUCAGUUGGCUCCCAUGUCAUCGACAGAUGCUCUGCGUGUUGGUGGAAAUAUACAAGGCAUUUCAGCAAACCACAAUGUUGAUGUUUCAGCUUCUCUUAGUUAUGCAUCUGCUCUAGGCGGUUCCUUGUCAAGGAGUACCACUCCUGAUCCUCAGCUAAUUGCUAGAGCCCCUAGUCCUCGUAUCCCCACAGCUGGUGAAGGCAGGGUUAAUUCCAUGGACAAAAGAAGCGUCAACAGUCCCAGUUCACUCCAUGGCACUCUGAAUGGCCAAGGUGCUGCUGCAGAUUUUGUAGCUGCUUUGUCGGGCAUGAGUCUAUCGUCAGAUCCACAGAUGGAUGAGGAGAGGCAAAUGAGGUCGCAAUUUCAGCGUGGGAUUGGUGACCACCGAAAUAUGUUCAAUUUACAUGGUGACCAUAACCAUAUCAAACAAAACCUGCACUUGAACUCUGCUGAUUUUACUCCUUUCCAGCAGCAAUCUGUAUCUCAUUCCGCCAAAGGAUCAUACUCUACCAAAGGGAAAGGCAGUGGUGUUGGAAUGGAUCAGAAUUACUACUUGAGGUUUGAUGGUUUAGCUGAGCAUCACAAGCAUGGUGGACCAAAUUCACCCUCUAACUUUCAUAGUAUUGGGAGCCCAAGCUCUGCGAUUCCAAAUUACAGCUUGAGUGGGCACAAUAUCGAUCCAGCCUUGGCGUCGAUGAUGGCUGGUCAGCUUGGCAGUGGAGCAUUGCCGCCAUUGUUUGAAAAUGCUGCUGCUUCAGCCAUUGGUGUGGGUGGCAUGGAUUCUAGGGCUUUGGGAGGAAGUGCAUCUUCACGAGCAAACAUGAUGGCUGCUGCUGCAGAGCUGCAAAAUCUCGGUAGAGGGGGGAGUCAAUCCCAGUUGGACCCCUUAUAUAUGCACUACUUGUCAUCAAAUGAUUAUACUGCUGCCCAGUUGGCGGCUUUGAGUGACCCUUCUGUUGAUGGGGGCAAUUCUUACAUGGAUCUGUUAACACUUCAGAAAGCUUAUUUAGGAUCAUUGCUGUCACCGCAGAAAUCAGAGUGUGGUCGGCCUUACCUCGGUAAAUCUACCGGACUGAAUCAUGGUUAUUAUGGUAACCCAGCUUUCGGGAUCGGCACAGCAUAUGCUGGAAAUCAUUUAGCAAGUUCACUUCUUCCUAACUCUCCUGUUGGACCUGGUAGUCCUUUGAGACAUGGUGAGAGAAAUAUGAGGUUGCCUUCUGGGAUGAGGAAUUUAGCUGGAGGAAUGAUGGGAAAUUGGCGUUCAGAAACUGGUGGCUUCAUGGAGCAUAGUUUUGGAUCUUCCUUGCUUGAUGAAUUUAAAAGCAACAAGACUAAAUGUUUUGAGCUAUUGGAAAUUGCUGGUCAUGUUGUCGAAUUUAGUGCUGAUCAAUACGGGAGUCGCUUCAUCCAGCAGAAACUCGAAACAGCCUCAGCAGAGGAAAAGGACAUGGUUUUCCAUGAGAUAAUUCCCCAAGCAUUGUCACUGAUGACAGAUGUAUUUGGUAACUAUGUGAUUCAGAAGUUUUUUGAGCAUGGAACACCGUCACAAAUUAGAGAAUUGGCUGAUAAGCUUACUGGUCAUGUUUUGACACUCAGCCUUCAAAUGUAUGGCUGCCGAGUAAUCCAGAAGGCUAUUGAAGUUGUUGAUUUAGACCAGCAGAAGAAGAUGGUUGUGGAACUAGAUGGCCACAUCAUGCGCUGUGUACGUGACCAAAAUGGAAAUCAUGUCAUCCAAAAGUGCAUUGAGUGCAUUCCUGAAGAUGCUAUCCAGUUCAUCAUAUCAACUUUCUAUGAUCAAGUUGUGACAUUGUCAACUCAUCCAUAUGGGUGUCGUGUUAUCCAGAGAGUUCUGGAACACUGCAAUGACGCAAAAACCCAGCGUUUAGUGAUGGAUGAGAUUAUGCAGUCUGUUUGCAUGUUGGCUCAGGACCAGUAUGGAAAUUAUGUUGUCCAGCAUGUCCUGGAGCACGGAAAGCCCCAUGAACGAACUGCUAUAAUAAGCAAGUUGACCGGGAAAAUAGUUCAAAUGAGUCAGCAGAAGUUUGCUUCAAAUGUUAUCGAGAAAUGUCUAGCAUUUGGGGAUACAACAGAGCGUCGUAAUAUGGUGAAUGAAAUGCUUGGAUCGACAGAUGAUAAUGAGCCGCUUCAGGUGAUGAUGAAGGAUCAAUUUGCAAACUAUGUUGUACAGAAAGUGCUGGAAACUUGUGAUGACCAGCAACUCGAAGUGAUCCUCUCACGAAUAAAGAAUCAUCUGAAUGCACUGAAGAAGUAUACAUAUGGGAAGCAUAUCGUUGCCCGUGUAGAGAAACUUGUUGCAGCUGGAGAGAGGAGAAUCAGUUUGCAGACUCCCUACCCUGCUCCGGCGAUGGCAUAGAAGAGAAAGGUGUUGUACAGCUAACCGAGGCUAGUUUGAAUGCGGCUCUCUACCCUUUGUUUUGUUUUAGCCUGCUGUAGCUCUUGUCUAUUUUAUUUAGGUUGGACUGAGAGCUGAAUCAAAAAAUAAAAGUUUGUUGGUUGUACUUGUAAACCUGUAAAUUGUAGUGUUUUUUUUCUUCCCCUUUUUGGUUUUUGGAGGAUAUAUACCUAGAAAAAAACAGGUUAGUUUGAGGCUCAAAUGGUACAAGAUACCAGAUGCCCUGCCUCCCUUGCUGAGAAAACUUAAAAUUUACUGUACAAGUUUGGAGGGUGUAUAGAGAAAGCUCUGGGAGGUAGUAAAUUUGUGACUUGUGACUGUACAGAAGAAUGUUGCUAGCUGCAGAAAAAAAAAAAGAGAGAAGAGAGCCUUUAUGUUAGAGUUGAGGCUAUAAGUUUUCCCUUUUACGUGUAUCGGAUGGAUAAUUUCUUCUUUAAAGAACAAUUUUCUUAUAUCA